AUGGCAUUUCAAGAGACUAAUGGAGAAUUUAUAGAAACCCUAUCAGAAACAGAAGAGGAAGCAUACAUAUAUGAUGACAACGAUAAUGAGAUGGAUCCAGAACUAGAAGAAGCCAUAAAUAGACGUGAUGUACCAGCGUUUAUAAAUACCCACACCUUUCACGAAAGAAAACACACCGAAAAAAGCACAAAGCACACUAUCACACUUGGUAUUGCUAUUUACAUCCACGGAUUUGUUUUAACUGAAACUAUGGUGUGGGAAAGGGAUAUUGACGACAGAAGUGUUAGAGAAGAAUUUGAUAAUGAAGGGGAGAUUGACGAACUCGCAAUAAAAGGAAAAGGAAAAUAUUUCAGCCAUACACGACCCUGCAGAGGCCGCUCACGACUCCUCGCCACUGGUGGCACUUUAAGAUCAGAGUCGAUCGACGCUGCUGCAGCCGGUGUUGAAAAUCUUGGUUUGUUGGUGGUUGAAAAUGGUGGUGAUUGUGGUUGUUUUGUUAAUGGCGUCGGCGGCGCUGAUGGUAGUAGCGAUGCUCUUGUUGGCAGUGGUGAUUUGGGUGGUGGUGUUGAGGUUGGGAGGAAAUUGUAUUUGGUCGUGUUGGCGAUGGAGACGGUGGUUAUGUUGGUGUGUUUGGUGGUGGCAGUUAUGGUGGAUUCUAGCUACGAUGGAGGUGGUGUAGGACACAGUGGUAGUUUUUGUUGGUAUUUUGGUUGUGGUCGGCGUUUGUUGGUGGUUGUGGUUGCAUUGUUGAUGAUGAUGGUGGCGGUGACGGAAAAAGGUGUGGGGUGGGAAGGGGAGCGAAUUGCUGAUAUUCCUGGAAAUGGCAGUUUUGUAAAAACGGAAAAACCUCAGACAACUUUUGGUUCUUUGGCACCAUUCAUCUGUAGAUGCGUUAUGAAUAUGGUUAAUAAAGUUGAACUUCCGCUUCAGGUCUCGAAUUCUUCAGAUAAACAGAAAACUAAGUUUGGCAAACAGCAUACACAGUUUGUUGGGCUUGAAAAUUUUUGGCAGGAAUAUGGUCAUAGAGUAAGACUAGCCACUCACUCAAAUUUCGAAGAAUUUGUUUUGUCUGCUGGGCUGGAAUUCUACCCUCUUGGGGGAGACCCAAAGGUCCUUGCUGCUUACAUGGUCAAGAAUAAAGGUUUCUUGCCAUCUGGACCUUCUGAAAUACAAAUUCAACGACAUCAAAUAAAAGAGAUCAUAUUUUCUUUGCUUCCUGCAUGUGUAGACCCCGAUCCCAUUACAGAAGUUUCAUUCAGCGUAGAUGCAAUAAUUGCCAAUCCGCCUGCAUAUGGACAUACACAUGUUGCUGAGGCUCUGAAAGUACCACUACACAUAUUUUUCACAAUGCCAUGGACCCCUACCAAUGAAUUCCCACACCCACUUUCUCGCGUUAAGCAACAAGUUGGAUACAGAAUAUCAUAUCAAAUUGUUGAUUCACUAAUCUGGCUGGGAAUACGGGACAUGAUAAAUGAGUUCAGGAAGAAAAAACUUAAGCUAAGGCCUGUUACAUAUUUGAGUGGUUCCAAUAAUUCUCCUGAUGUACCUUAUGGCUAUAUUUGGAGUCCUCACCUAGUUCCCAAACCAAAAGAUUGGGGACCCAAAAUUGAUGUUGUGGGGUUUUGUUUCCUGGACCUUGCUUCGAAUUAUGUACCACCAGAUUCACUUGUGAAAUGGCUUGAAGCUGGCAAAGAACCCAUUUACAUUGGUUUUGGCAGUCUUCCUGUUGAAGAGCCAGAAAAGAUGACUCAGAUAAUUGUUAAAGCUCUCGAGAAUACUGGACAAAGGGGCAUCAUUAACAAAGGGUGGGGUGGCCUUGGAAACCUGGCGGAGCAAAAAGACUUCAUCUAUCUAUUGGAUAAUUGCCCCCAUGAUUGGUUGUUUGCUCGAUGUGCUGCAGUGGUGCAUCAUGGAGGUGCUGGAACAACUGCAGCUGGUCUUAAAGCUGCGUGCCCGACAACUGUUGUACCUUUCUUUGGAGACCAACCAUUUUGGGGAGAGCAGGUGCAUGCCAGGGGAGUAGGCCCCUCACCAAUCCCUGUGGAUGAAUUUUCCCUUGAAAAAUUGGUUGCGGCAAUAAGGUUCAUGCUUGAUCCAAUGGUGAAAGAACGUGCUUUAGAAUUGUCUAAAGCCAUGGAAAACGAAGAUGGAGUGGCGGGUGCAGUUCAAGCCUUCCAUAGACACUUCCCACGCGAAAGCCUGAAAUCGGAGGCUGAAAAGUCGCGUCAACCUUCUAAUUCGUUUUCUUUGAGACGCUGUUUUCGUUGUUCCUGAUUUUUGAAUAUUAUGCAUCAUAAUUUUGUUUUCAUCAGUGCAAUAACUAUCUUAUUAUGGGAAAAGGAUUUUCGAUCUCUUUUGUUCCCUCCA